UUUAUAUAUUUAUUUUAUGCUUAGAGUUUGUAACCGUUGUCGUCCAGCACGAAUAUUCGUCAAUUAUCUUCCCAUCCCCGACCACACCAUUGUAUACAGUAUUUUAAUUUAUUUUUUUUUCGUCGGUAAUUGCCAAUCACUAAUCAGUGUUAUACUGUUAUUGCACCAUGCCGUUGCGAUACGUUCAUGAUCAUUCCGCUUUCGGUCCGUCAACUGUCAUAUACCUAAUGUAACCGAUGAAUUUCGAUUUUUAUUCUUCGGGAAAACAAUAUCUUACAUCGACGAUUAACACGCUAUUCCAAAUUCAGUCGCGAAGAUGGACGAUUCGAUGUUGGAUUUUGUAUUAAAACACUUGCCAAACUAUUGGGAUACCGUACCUUUGUAUACAAACAGUAAUAAGUUAUUCGCACUGUCGUAUUCUAGAAACUCUAACGAAUACCAAUUUGUUGAAUCCAUGUUUUACGGAGCAAACGUUAGUCAAAUUAUAAGAGUGCAAAACCCAUUCACUUAUGGUCGCUUCAUGUUAAGGCGUGAAAUGGUUCAAUCCACUUAUGAAGGAAUAGUUUUUCAUGGAGUUCACAAAGAUGAUUUGAACAUUGCAUUGAAAUUUAACUGUGAUUAUAGAAGAUAUACAAAGAAACAAGAUGAUAUAUAUGAAAACUCUCAACAUCCUAUGUUUUAUGAAUCAUUCUCGGAUUUGUUAAACAAUACUAUACAUGCUAUUACAGACAUAAAUGUCUUGGUUUUGAAUAUAAUGACAGAUACACCAAAAACACAAUGUGAUUAUUAUGUUCAAUAUAUUGUUAAAUUUUGAUUUAUUUUUAUUGAGAUGCAAGUUUUUAAUCAA